AAAAAUGCGCAAGUAUACGAGCGCCAUCUAUUUAUCAUUCUGAAAAGAAUGUCCGUCAUUCUCUGUACGGAUAAAGUUAGUUCUUCUAUCAUUCGUAUACGUUUUAUAUAAAAAUUAUGAUGGCAAGCAAAGGGUGGAAGGUCGUACGACCCCAUGUGCCACUGAUAAAGUUUCGUAAAGGAGGUUUAAAUAGAGUAAACGUAGGUGCGAGCGCGGCUCCAUCUGCGGCUUCAGGGACGGCAUCAGCUACUGGACGUGCAACUGGACCCCAGGUAAUCGUUUUGCCAACUAUAGAUGAUAUUCAUCUACCAUCAAGAUUUCAUCGGCGACCUAUCGACGAGAAAGAAAUUGAGUAUAUUAAUCGUGGCGGACCGGAAUAAUCGUGUUUAAAAAUUGAUUAGGAAAACGUUUAAAUUUUAGAUCACCGUUCGUUGUUCAUUUUCAUAAAUUGACUUUUGUUUGAUACACGGUAUUGUCUAAAUAAAUGAACGUAAUAGAAAAUUGAUGAAUCAUAAAAAAGGAUGUAGAAUUUCUCUUAGCCAUCUAUCGGACAAGGUCUCCUCACAAUACACAUUUAUGUGACAUUGCCAGGACCUGCUAUUUCUAGAAUAUCUUUCGCUUCAUUGCUGUACCGACUAAUGCUCGUUAUUCAGUCGAAGCGAGAGUACUAACCACAAAAGCGUAUUUUGGCGUCUAAAUAUAUGUAAUUUAUUCAAUGUAAUAAUCAAUAAAAUCAAUCAAAAAAUAAA